AUGGAGGUCCAAAAUGCCACUCCUACUGGCCCCUGGCAAGAUCAGCUCGACAGUGGCCGAACUGCAUGGUCUAGCAGAGUGACCGUCCAUGGCAAAACUCUCGCAGCUCGUUUCUGGUAUGACGGCAAGAACCUUAACAAUGCUAGAGAAGAUGCUGCCGAGUGUGCCGUCAAGUGGUUGACUGGAUCUGAAUCUAGUUCUCCCACCCAGCAAUGGGGUUGGUAG